UAACGCCUCUUCACGGACCAUUGUGAAUGCAAUGCAGUACGACGGUGUGGUGUGUCUUUUUAGUUCGUUUUAUUCGUUCUUCUAAAUUGUAUCCAUAAAUAUAACAUUUUUAUUUAUAUGAUUAUUAAUAUAUAUAUACGUGCGCAUAAAUUUAUAAAUAUAUAAAUAUAUAUAUAUAUAUUUUAUAAAUAUUUAAGUUACAGUAUACAACGUAUAGUGAUUUUCGUGAUUUUUCAAAAAUGAAUGAAUGGAAAGCUCACCGUGCAAUAUUAUAGUGAUUCAACGUAGUGCGAUAGUCAAUAUGUUCGAUUAAAAAUUGUGGCCGAGACACGAUUCAGGCAUGAAUAUUAAUUUUGCUGUGUUUAUUUGUGUCUUACUAACUGUUAAUGGCGUUACGCGAGCGUAUGCCGGACAUGCAUCAAGUAUAAAAUCGCACUUCAAAGAGUCGCCGUCGUACGCACAACAGGUGUCGUGGACGCCGCCGGAGCCGUCUGGCGGCGGUGUAGGGGUUGGGGGCGUCGAUGUCUCCGUAGGUGAAAUUGGGACGAUGGUAGGCGGCGGCGGUGGAUCGAUGAGCAUGAUGGGAGACCCGUUGCUCGUAUCACCGUCGUCGUCGCCUUUGCCUCCGGCGUUGCCUACGGAUCCGCCGCCAAAGUGCAACAACGUGACCGGUCUUUCUGCGGGCCAGGCCAAGCUGUGUCUGCUCUACGAGGAACAUUUGGCCUCUAUCCGGUACGGCGUACAAGCGGGACUCGCCGAAUGCCGAGCGCAGUUCUUGCACCGACGGUGGAACUGUUCCAUGACCGCCGAGAACGUUGGUGCGCCGUUUCUCGGACCCGAUUUGCAAACAAGCAGCCGCGAGGCAGCAUUCGUACAAGCGAUCAAAGCAGCCGGCGUUGCGCACGCUAUGGCCCGUGCCUGCAGAGACGGUCGUUUAAACACGUGCAGUUGCUCGAGAUCGGGAAGACCAAAGGAUUUGAGAAGAGAUUGGGUUUGGGGCGGUUGUGGAGAUAACAUGGAAUACGGAUACAAGUUCACUAAAGUGUUUUUGGACGUUAAAGAAAAGGAGAAACGGUCGAAAAAGGGCUCUCCUGAACAAGGUCGAAAUUUAAUGAACCUGCACAACAAUGAGGCUGGCAGACGGGCUGUGCUCAAGAAGUCCAGAGUUACGUGCAAAUGCCACGGCGUUUCCGGUUCAUGUAGUUUGAUUACGUGUUGGCAGCAAUUACCAUCUAUUCGCGAAUUGGGCGAACAUUUAAAAGAAAAAUACGAAGGCGCCAUCGAGGUAAGGGUUACCAGGCGAGGACGGUUGCAGAUCAGGGAUCCUAGGUUCAGUCUACCGACGGCAAGCGAUCUCGUCUAUAUAGACGACUCGCCAAACUACUGCAUCAGAAACAUUACCGCUGGUUCUAUAGGUACACAUGGUCGAGAAUGCAAUCGUACAUCACAUGGAAUGGAUGGUUGCAGUUUACUAUGUUGUGGUAGGGGCUACAAUACACAACGAUUGGUCACACGCGAAAAAUGCGAAUGUAAAUUUCAUUGGUGUUGUUAUGUGCAGUGUAAGACAUGUAUCCGUAAUGCUGAAGUGCAUACGUGUAAAUAGAGUAAAACAGCAAAAGAAAGAAAAAGAACAUUUUAAGAAUUGAACAUUAGAUCUCAAAAUAUAAACUUUUGACUUCCUCCCUUAUCCCCCACUUACCUAUAAUUUAAUAAUGUGUUUUUGAUUUUCCUUGUCUUUAAUACAAACAAUCAUUACACAAAGCCCAUAUCCCAGGCCUACCUACUAUUUAUUUAUCAAAGUACAGAUUUAUUUUGUUUUUUUUUUUUUUAUGUUACGGACUAUUUGGAAAAUGUAAAUAUUAAAAAUUAAUAUUUUAACAGUAACAAUUAUAAUUAUAUAUUUAUUAAAGCUGUUUUGUUUCAACGGACUGAGACAAAUCGGCUAAUAAAGUAGACUAUUUAUGUUUUAAGGAUGAUGAUUUUUUUUAUUUAUUUAUAAUUUUAGUAAGUUUGAGUGAAAACUAAAUAAGAAUGUAAUUAACAAAAAAAAAAAAAAACCGUUUUUUUUAUAGUAUAGAUAUAUUAUUAUAAAUGUAGUAGUUUAUAUUAUAGAGAGUUGUGCACAAAUUGGAAUAAGAAAAUUAAUAAAUAUCACAAAUCAUUUUUUUUUUA